UUUCCCUGAAGAAGCACAAAGCAAUAAAUCUUACUUUUUUAAACCAUGAUUAGUUGUUUUAUAUAUUCUGCUAACCUUUGUUACUUUACCGAGCUGAUGUGUUUUUUAGAAGAAGAAAAAAGGAUCAUUUACUGUGCUUGAAGGGAUCUAAGGCAAACUGGUUUUAAAUGCAUCCUGUUUACAUCAAGUCCCACCUCUGUGGCAGAUUCAGAAAACAUACUUUACUAAUCCCAGAGGGAAACUGAUUGCUGUAGUAGCUCAGAAUAAUAAUAAUAAUCAAGUCAUCAAAGAGUUAUUGUAUAUUACAAUGGCUGUUGGCAGGAAUGAUCUCCAGUAGCGGUCAGUGUUGCAGCGAAACUGAAGAAGCCUCUGACUGAAGAUAAACACCUAUAUAAACAUCCUUUGAAAACAUGCACCAGAUGCACUUCUUUCAAUUUGAGUUUAACUUCAAACAAUUUGUUUCUCCUGUCCAAACCACCACAUCUUCUCAGUAGGUGAGCCCUGCAUCAGAGGUAUCGGUGGUACUGAGUCACAUUUUAAUCAGUCGUUUCCUCUUUUGUGCUCCAAAAUCAACACUGAGCUUUCGGUUGAAACCUCUAAAUUUGAUAAGAAAUCAGUUACACAGGUAAAUAAGCAGAAAUAGAUACUACAGCACAUGAUCUAAACCUGUAAAAAUCCACAAAUUCAUUACAUUUGCACAAACAUGCAAACAAAUCUCGAAAGAAAAGAAGGGCAAAAACAUUUUAAACUACAAAUGUAGCAUUUAAACAAGUAAAAUAUGCUAAUUUUAUAGUAAAUACAAUUUAUGAAUCAAAACAGCAUGAACACCUUGAAAAUUACAGUGUUGCCUCAGGGAUUUUUUCCCCUUUAACUCCUAUACAAUAACGAUCAUUUCUAAUUUCACUUUCUGUUCAGAUUCAGGACUAAAACCCAACUUUUGGCAACAACUUAAAUCUCCACAGCUGUAGACACAGGCCAUAAAUCGCUCAAAUCAAACAUAAAAGUUUAGAAAAACACUCAGUUGGAUUUUAAUGUGCUCAGGAAAACAUUUGAGUCUCCACACAGUUUGACAGACGCUUAUUGCACCUGAAGCAACAAAGGAGUUUACAAAGUCCUCGCACAAAAAUCGAUUGUGCUUCCUGUCUCGAGAUAGGAAGUGGAACUUCACCAGGUUUCAGGAAACAUUUGAAAGCAAUCAGCAGUGAAGAUCAGUUUUAAAGUUCCUCCAGAGAGCUUUGGACUGCAGAGGAGCAAGAACCCAAAAAUCACACAAAAGAAGAGAAUGUCAGGCCCAACAGAACCCAUCCUGCGUACACAGAACCACGGUUCUGAUGAGGCCUCUCCUGAUCCUCCACCGUAUUCCUACAGUGAUCAACCACCUCCUGCUUAUCUUGCAGCUCCAGAGACAUACAAUCCACCCAUUAGUGAGAUCGAUCCCACCUACCAGAGCUCCACGGGAUACCAGUCCUUCUGUGACACUGACCCAGAAAGGGAAUCGGAAACAACCCCGAUCUUUUCCUCAUCAUCGUUUGAUGACAAGGCAGUGAGGAGGGGGUUUGUUAGAAAGGUGUUUGGCAUCCUGACUCUCCAGCUGCUGUUCACCUUCACUGUGGUGUGUGCGUUCACCUUCUCCAGCGUCAUCAAAGACGCUGUGCAGAACAACAUUUGGGUCUAUAUCAGCUCUUUCAUCGUCUUCGUCUUGGUGGCCUUCCCCCUCAGCUUCUUCAAGUCCUUCAGCCAUCGUCAUCCCUGGAACAUCGUGGGUCUGGUCAUCGUCACCCUCAGCUUUUCAUACAUGGUGGGAACCGCCGCCUCCUUUCACAACACCAGCUCUGUGCUCAUCACCAUGGCAGCAACGCUGGUCAUCUCCCUCACAAUCAUUGCUUUCUCAGCACAGGCUCGUUAUGAUUUCACGAUUUUUUACGGUGUCUUGUUGAUAUUGUUGGUGGACUUUGUGAUGUUUGGAUUCUUCUGUGCGUUUUACUCCUCACAUCUCUCUGAUAUCGGUUAUGGGUGUCUGGGAGCUCUGCUCUAUGCGCUGGUAAGAACACAAGAGAAGAUGCAUUCACAUUCAUUUCACAGGAAUCUGAUGUGGAAAUUCUCAGGGAACUCACAACUUUUCAAUAAUCAAAUAAAGCACUUUCAAGGUUUCCCAGCACAAGUAUAUCCGUGAUGAUUUUAAUAAAAAUCACACCAAGUAAAGUGAUUUACUUUCCUUUUUCCUGUAAAAGGAAAAGUAAAUGUUAUAGUGCUACAUUCAGUUUCAGUAAUUUUCAAGCACUUUAAAAACAUUUUAUAUAUAGGAACCCUGUCUGCAUGUUAACUAUGAGACCCUAAGAGGUAUAUUUUAAAUUUAAAGUAUAAAAGAUUAGAUUUCAGAUUCAAUAGGAUUUUUAAAAAAACAAACAAAAAAACCCUCUAAAUUAAAAUGAAAACAGACUUAAGUGAUUGCAAAUUAUUUUUAAAAUAUUUAAAAAUUGCAUCAUCAAAGAUUUUCACAAAUUUGUGACGGGUUUUUUCUAUGAAUACAAAGAGUAAACAAUUUUUUUUAUAAAUUGGAUAAAAAAACACAUGAUGUUUAACAAUCUAAAAAAACUGUGGUUAACAUAACAAUUAAAUGAAGCAAUUGUUUUAAAGGACUUGAAAAUUGUUGUAUUUUAUAUUUUGAUCGAUCAAUUUACAAUAAGAAUAAAAUAAAAUAAAAAAUGAUCAAGGAGAAAAUAGGACUAAAAAUGACAGUGAUGGUCAGCCUCAGUCAGAUUUGUAUAAUUACAUCCAUCCAUCCAUUUUCUGAACCCGCUUAGUCCACGCAGGGUCGCAGGGGGGGGUAUCUCCAGCGGGGCAAUCAGGAGGGGUACACCCUGGAGAGCCAGUCCAUCGCAGUGUACAAUUACAUUUAAUUUGAUAACUAUUUAUGAUUCACAAAACACGACAAUUUAAGCAAUUAGUGUGAGAUAUUUGCCUAUAACAAGUAACUAGUUUAG